AUGGCGGCGGCAACCACUUCCCCCGCCGUCGCCGGCGGCGAGAAGCCGGGGCCGCUCGUGCACGUCGCGUUCAACCCCUUCUCCACCUGCUUCAUCGCGGCCACGGCCACCGGCCUGCACGUCUUCUCCUGCGCCGACUCGCUCCACAGAGUCCUCCACUGGGACGACGUCGCGGUUUGCCCGUGCCCGGCGGACUCGGGCUGGAAGGUGGUGAUGGCCGAGAUGUACAACGAGGCGUUCGCCGCCGUCGUGUUCCGGCGGAAGAAGGACGGCGGCUCCGGCGGGUGCGUCGACAAGAUCUGCCUGUGGUGCGUGCCGAACGGGCGGAUGUUCCCCAUGGACAAGGACCUCCCGUUCGACGUCGUGCGCGGGCUCUGCCUGGCCGGGGAGUACAUGCUCGUCGCCGGCGACGACAGGACGGUGCUGUACGAGAUCCCCUACUGCGGCUCGUCGGUGAAGAAGGUGAAGGCGGUGGAGACGGCGCCCAACCCGCUCGGCGCGGGCGCGCUGGUGCAGCCCGACAGCGGCGCGCGGUUCGUCAUGGUCGCGCCGCAGAAGAUGAAGGGCAUGCUGCAGGUCCACCGCCUCGCCGACGACCACGUCUACGUGCGCGCGCACCGCUCGGCCGCCGCCGCCUUCGCGCUGUCUCACGACGGCCGGCUGCUCGCCACCGCCGGCUCCAAGGGCACGCUCGUCCGCAUCUUCAGUACUAGCGACGGCAAGCUUCUCCAAGAGGUGAGAAGAGGCUCCGGUAGGGCCAACAUAUACUCAAUUGCCUUCUCGUUUGAUUCAAAGUGGCUGGUGGUCUCAAGCGACAAGGGUACCAUACAUGUAUUCCGUAUCAACGUUGAGUUGGCAUCAGCUUCCUCCGAAUCCAGCAGCGGCCAUAAUGCAACUGAAGCACCCAGUGCAAAAACGCCUCAAAGAUCUUCAUCUUAUAUGAAAGGUUUAUUGUUACCGAGCUAUUUCACUUCAGAACGGUCAUUGGCUCAGUUCCAUCUACGUGAAGGUGUGAAGUACUUGGUCGCAUUCAGUAUCAGACCAAAUAUUGUUAUCAUCGUCGGCAUGGACGGAAGUUUUUACAGAUGCCAGUUUGAUCCAGAAAAUGGAGGAGAAAUGAAACAGCUGCAAUACACGGUCUUUUUUGAACAAUUAGGGGAGAUUUAGAUGGUAUUACGUCACAACAUGCGAUCAUUUUACAUUUAUUUUUCUUUUGCUUUUGCAGUAGAAACAAUACAUUGUGUAUGUAUAAGCUGGUAGCAACCCUGUGCAUGGCAACGGCAAAUAUUAUUGAGAAUGGGUUGGGAGAUUCUUUUGGACUUUUGUUUUAUUCUUUUGUGAUGCGCGUGUAUAGUAUAGAAGGAGGACGCUUGCGCUAUAAAAUGUGAUUUAUUAUGUGCGAUGUAA